GCCUGUUGGUAUGCGGUGAUUCGUUCGAAGCUCGACAGUUAUUCCUCGUUAUUGCUGUUGUGUACGCGUUACUUGGUAGUUGUAGCGUUUCUGUGGGAAUCCGUGCACCGUGACAAUAUCAGCAUAAGUGUUGGCCAUCUUCUUAUACGUGAGUGAACUACUGUCUCUACAAUGGUGGACACUGACAAUAACAGCAGUCCUGUUCGGGAUUUCUUUCGAGGAAAAGACAUUUUCAUUACUGGAGGAACUGGUUUUCUUGGCAUGGCGCUGAUUGAGAAGCUGCUUCGAGUAUUCCCAGAUGUUGGAACUAUUUAUGUACUGGUCCGCCCAAAGAAAGGCAAAGAAGUUUCAGCAAGAAUAGAAGAACUUACCAAGAAUCGAGUGUAUGAUAAGCUGAAAGAAUUGCGAGGUGAAAACAUAUUCCAGAAACUGGUUGCCGUGGCUGGAGAUGUGGCUGAGGAUAACCUAGGGUUAAGCCCUGCUGACAGAAACUUACUAACUCAAAAUGUCAGUAUUGUUUUCCAUUCAGCUGCCACACUGGACUUCAAUGUUGAUCUUAAAUCAGCUAUUAGUAUCAACCUUCUGGGGACACAAAGAGUGGUGCAACUGUGCAAGGAUAUUUCUCAUCUGAAGGCUCUUGUACAUGUGUCUAGCGCAUAUGUAAACAGCAAUCGAAAAGGAGGAGCGAAGGAGAUUGUUUAUCCUGUACCAGAGAAUGCAGAGAAGGUGAUCAAUGUUGCAGCAGGUCUCAGUGAUGAGGUACUUCUUGAAUUGACACCAGCGCUUCUCAAUGACCAUCCAAACACAUACACAUUCACCAAAGCUCUGGCAGAACAUGAAGUUGUUAAUGCUAUCAAUCAAGUGCCAUCAGUUAUUGUCCGACCAAGCAUCAUUACUUGUGCUUGGAAGGAACCAGUUCCAGGCUGGAUUAACUCUAAGAAUGGGCCAUCAGGCUUUAUAAUGGGCGCAGCAAAGGGUGUAGUCCGUCGUUUGCCUGCUAAUAAAAAACUUAUUUAUGAUUAUAUUCCUGUUGACAUAGUAAUCAAUGAACUCAUUGUUGCGGCAUGGCACGUGGGCACAAUCAGGCCACAUACUACACCUGUAUACCACUGCACAUCCAGUACUACAAAUCCUUUCCAGUGGUCAGCAGUGGAGCACAAGAUCAAGGAAAAUCUGCACAAAUAUCCAUUAAAAUCAGCCGUUUGGUAUCCCACAGUGAAGUUUUUACCAAGUUUGCUGCUUUUCAGAAUAUCAGCCAUUUUUGUCCAUUUCAUCCCUGCUUAUAUUCUGGACACGAUCACUAGGAUAGUUGGUGGCAGACCAAUAUUGGUUCGCUUGCACACAAAUGUUGAUAAAUCUCUGGGUCAGCUAGCACCAUUUAUUUUCAAUGAUUGGCGAUUCGAUAACUCCCAAACCAAAGACCUUCAGAAAACACUCAGUGGUCAAGACAAAGAUAUGUUCAAUCUUGAUAUUUCAAAGUUGGACUGGGAAGAUUACUUUGUUGACAUGAUCAAGGGAAUAAGAAUGUACCUAAACAACGAACAUCCACGAACUCUCCCAGCAGCAAAGCGCAAAGAUUCUAUACUGAUGGUACUGAACUUACUGACACAAGCAUUGGUGUUUGGCUUCAUCUGGUGGAUUGGUUCAGUAGCACUAGGAACCCCUAUGACCAAAUGCAGCUGGAUUGUUGUCAUUUCAUAUAUAAUCUUUAGCUUUCUUUAGUGUUUUGGCAGACACAGACCACUGAACCAAAAGAAGAGAGUAUCUUCUUACUGCAGUUUCAAUAAGAUACUUUUCUAAAUAUUUACAAAUACUUAAACUUUGUAAGCAUUUAGAUAUUGAUGUAAUGUGUGAUGGGAAUCUUAUUUGGACUGAUUUAAGUUAAUUAUGGCUAAUUAGAUAAACAAUUAUAUGAAUAGAAAACAGUAAACUACAGGUUCAUUAGCAAAUUCAUUCAUGAGUUCAUGUGAGUUGAAAAAUGUAUGAAAGUUAAAUAAUAUGAAUUGGUUGUACAUGACUUUUUACUACAGUUUAUGUUUUGUUAUAAUAAUUUUGCAUGUUACUUAUCAUUGGUGAUUUCAUAAAUGUUAUACAUUUGUAAAGGAAACUGGCUGCUUUCCUCUCUUCCUCAAUUACAGUAUACCUGGUGAUCAGUAAUGUAAAGGAUUUUGGGCAGUAAAGAUAAACAAAAAUUGGAUGUAAUGGACUAUCAAUCUUCUAGAGAAGUAACAUUAAAAAGGAAUAAUAAUAAUAA